GGGCGGUAUAGAUCGAUUGAGAAAGGUGUCUGGAUCGAGGAGGCAGGGGCCGGUUGUUUACAAAAGCUGCCUGACCUUGUUUGUGUCUGGCGAGGAGGGGGUGCGCACGCUGCAGGGAACAGCCACAACAGAAUAGUAGGGGGCAGCCGUACAGAACAGGGAACAGCCGAUUCUGACGUCAUUCAUAGCUCGGGGCAUGAGGGCAUUUCAUGAAUAACAACAUCAGAGUGGACCGUCUUAGCCAUCAUGGACUCGUUGCGGGAGCAGGUCAUGAUAAAUCAGUUCGUUUUAGCUGCCGGCUGUGCAAGAGAACAGGCCAAACAGCUACUCCAGGCUGCACAUUGGCAAUUUGAGACUGCGCUGAGUAUAUUUUUUCAAGAAGCAGCUCUCCCACCAACACAUUUUGGCCAGAUUUGCACACCAUGCAAUACUCCUGCCACACCUCCUAAUUUUCCUGAUGCAUUGAUGGCUUUCUCCAGGAUGUCUACAUCAGAUAAGCCUAGUGCAACAGUUGUUUAUUCAACAUCACCAAAGCAGCAAAUGCCUUUGCAACAACAAUUUCCAGCCUCAGGUCAACAAAGUACACUCGGUAUCAACAGAUAAGGAAGUUAGUUAUACACCGCUUCGUAUCUUGGUUAGCCGAAAAAACAGAUGUUUUGUUUUGGUUUUUAUUUUAUUUUUGUUUUCUCUUAAUUUUUUUUCUCGGAUGAGAUGGAAGAAACCGUCAUGUUGUUGACAAUGUUGUGGGUUGAAGAGAGAAAAUUAGAUACAAGAGCAAGAGAAGAAGACAAUAAAAUAGUGUUUUAUAUAGUCACUUAGAAAGUUAUACCUUGUGUAUAUAUUGUAUAUGGGAAGCGAGAGUGAGAUAUACUGUGUUGUGCGCGAGACACAAACGCUAAACCGACUGUUAUUUUUUUAUUUAGUCUAUUUUAAUGUUUAACUAUUAAGGAUUAGUAUUGUUUUAUUUUAGAGUGCUUAAAGAUAUUGUUGUAUAAAGGAAAUGAAAAAAAAAAAGUUAAAAAAUAUUAUAAAGAUUGAUGGAGAAGAUUUAAGGUAAAAAGAGUUCCAAAUAUCUGUUUUCUUGAUAAAAUGGACUAUAAAAAAGAAAAAAAGUUGAAAAAAAAAUCAAAAACAUUUGUAAGUUGUUCUGAAUGUAUUGUUCCCAAAUGACGAUACCCUGAUUAAUAUUAUUCGUAUUUCCUAAGUCGUACAACGGUGUAUUAUCACUUCUCAUCACCGUUGGUUUUCCUAAAUAUUAUAUCAGUGGUAUUAACCCUAAUCGCUUUGCACAAGAAGUAAUGGUACCUAUUGUAAUCCUAGCCAUUGCUACUUCAAUAUAUGAAUCCAUUGCGGAUCUGCCGACUUCCAGUUGAAUAUACUUCUCUAUUUAUUUGUUUUGUAUGAAGUCAGCCUUUUGGUUUUUAUUUUUAAUCUAGUUUUCAUUAUUAUGUUUAAUUUUUAUAUAAAUAUAUAUUUAUAUAUUUGAAUCUGUGAUAUGAACCAGUGAACAGAUGUCUCUUUUUCAGUUUUCUAAAAGAUUUAUUUGUGGUUUGUCUUUUUUUUUUUUU